UACAAGUCUCGAGGUUGUUUUCGCACGUCGCUUGAGAGUUCCCUAGUCAAGGAUCUCACCUGCGGGAAGCGUAAGGUGGGGCUGAAGAAAGUUCUCUUGGAAGUUCGACGCGCUCUCAUCUUACUCUAACCUCGGCGAAAUACUGUUGCAUCGCAUAUAUGGUUAUCAACCACAUGACGUUCGUCAACAUGACAUCCGAAAAGGUGUGCGCACAAAACAACAACCAUGACCGAGAUACCAAACGAUAUCGUCUUGUUUGGUUAUCCGAACUCACCGUACGCUAGGAAAAUCGUCUGGUACCUUACUCUUCGCAAAAUCGAGUAUGCGUACUGCGAACAACCCAAUCGUCUGCCCCGGCCUACUCUAGAGGCCCUGAAUGUUUCGUACAGACGCAUCCCUCUGCUCUCGAUAGGCAAAGAUGUAUACUGCGACACGCGACUGAUCCUGCGCAAGCUUGAAUUACGAUUCCCAGACGGUAGACUGGGCACUUCAGAUCCCGAUCAUCGCGCCAUCGAACGAUUGCUGGAACGAUAUACUGGCGAUGCCGGGAUCGUCACGCGCGCAGCAUCCUUAAUCCCGCCGUCUGUAUUCUCGGAUCCAGCAUUCGUCAAGGAUAGAGAGGCAUUUAGCGGCAGAAAAGGAUUCUGGGACAAGGCCAGGCUCGAGGCAGCGAGGCCCGAAUCGGUUGUGCAUAUACGAGAUGCCUUUGAGCUCCUUGAGACGACACUGCUUGCAGAUGGGCGAGAUUGGGUUUUCAAAACCAAUGAGCCCAGCCUAGGCGACAUUGAAGCGAUAUGGCCUUUCCACUGGCUAGCCGACCUGCCGGGCGCUCUGCCGCCAAACGUCAUCUCGCCAGUGCAGUUUCCGAGAGUGUUCGCCUGGAUACAACGUUUCCGGGAUGCACUAAAGCAGGCCCAAAGGCUCAGUCCUAGACAGAAGAAGGUUACUGGAGACGAUGUUGUCAAAUACAUGCAGCAGGCUCGUUUUGUCGAAAGCGUAGGAGAGAUUGCAGCAAAUGAUCCACUUGGGCUGAAGCCUGGGGAAGUAGUGGAGGUGUGCCCAAUUGAAACUGGUUUCACGCAUCGAGAUAAAGGAAUGCUCUUGACACUGACGCCAAAUGAAGUCGUGGUGGGCAAAAAAAUGAACGUUGGCGGCGGCGAGAUACGAAUUCAUUGCCCGCGAUGGGGCUUUCGCAUCACCAGAGCGCGUAAUAAUAAGUUGUAGCUUGUGGCAAUACUCGAGCGCCGCCAAUAUAAGUGUAGAUACUGCUCAACCAUGUAAGAUUUCUUUCACAUCGG